AUGUCCCAGCCGGCGGGGAGGAUGCAUUGCCGAAAGGCGGGGAUCCGCGCCGCCGUGGUGCUCAUUGGACUCCUGCACAAAUCCCGAAAACAGAGUAAAGAGAAAAGGAAGCAGGAGCUGGCCAACAGCUCGGAUGUGACCCUCCCAGACCGGCCGCUGUCCCCUCCUCUCACUGCGCCUCCCACCAUGAAGUCAGCGGAGUUCUUUGAGAUGCUGGAGAAAAUUCAGGGGAUCAAGCUUGAAGAGCAGAAGCCGGGACCCCAGAAGAACAAGGACGACUACAUUCCGUACCCCAGCAUCGAUGAGGUGGUGGAGAAGGGAGGCCCAUACCCCCUGAUCGUCCUGCCCCAGUUUGGGGGCUAUUGGAUUGAGGACCCUGAGAACGUGAGCACGCCGACCUCCCUGGGCAGCAGCAUCUGUGAGGAGGAGGAAGAGGACAACCUCAGCCCCAGCACGUUUGGCUACAAGCUCGAGUGCAAGGGUGAAGCCAGGGCCUACCGCAGGCACUUCCUGGGGAAGGAUCAUCUAAACUUCUACUGUACCGGCAGCAGUCUGGGGAACUUGCUCUUGUCCAUCAAGUGUGAGGAGGCGGAUGGUAUUGAGUACCUUCGGAUCAUUCUCAGGUCCAAAGUGAAGACAGUACAUGAGCGGAUCCCCUUGGCCGGACUGAGCAAGUUGCCCAGCGUCCCUCAGAUUGCAAAGGCUUUCUGUGAUGACGCAGUGGGGCUGAAAUUCAACCCUGUCCUGUACCCCAAGGCCUCCCAAAUGAUCGUGUCCUACGAUGAGCAUGACGUCAACAACACAUUCAAAUUUGGGGUCAUUUAUCAAAAAGCCAGGCAGACCCUGGAGGAGGAGCUGUUUGGGAACAGUGAGGAGAGCCCAGCUUUCAAGGAGUUCUUAGAUCUGCUGGGAGACACCAUCACGCUGCAGGACUUCAAAGGGCUGCUGAGGGUGGAGCUGCGUCACUCGCCCAGCCUCUCUCCCCAGAGCAGCCAGCCGUCCACAACCUCUCCCUUCAAGCAGGAGGUGUUUGUCUACAGCCCGUCCCCAAGCAGCGAGAGCCCCAGCCUGGGGGCAGCCGCCACCCCCAUCAUCAUGAGCCGGAGUCCCACAGACGUCAAAAGCAGAAACUCCCCGAGGUCAAACCUGAAAUUCCGCUUUGAUAAGCUCAGCCACGCCAGCUCCAGUGCGGGUCACUAAUGUGAAAGAGGAGUCCUUCGCUUGUCAAAGGGAAGCCCGAUUCUGUCUUGGAGAAGGCUCCUAUUCCAGCAGUUUGGGGGUGCCGUCCUCUACUCUGACCGUCACAGGCCUGCUUCUCCACUGGCCACCUGCCCACCGGACCAGCGUCCUGACCUGGCCACAGCCUUGCCCAUCCCUGCCAGCACCUCCCCCUCUCUGGACAAGGCCUCAUUCCUCCAGGCUCCCCUUGCUCCUCACCGCCUGAUGUGAUGUGUGUCUGGGUCAUUUGUCAUCUUGUUUUGUCUGCAGGGGAGCGAGUUGGGCAAGGGGGGAUCUGGGUACCAGCCAGAGUCCAGAGAAGUAGGGAGAGUGGUGAGGUGGGCAGCAGAGACUGACAGCAGGAUGCUGCACCCGGGCAGGGGCAGCGCCGUGUCCUGGACAUGGCAGGAAGGAGGCUGUAGCCACAGCAGAUGCAUUUAGUGGUGGUGGAGGGACCCUUUUUCCAGGAACCCAGAUUUGUAGCCAUCCUCGAAGGUGUCCUGAUGGAAGUCGGUUCUGCUGCUCCCACAUGUCUGGAGCUCCCAAACAUCUCUUUGCUUCUGUGCUGGGAGUCUCUUAUCCAUCUGCUGACAUCAGGCCCAGGUUGCCUCUGUCCCUGCUGCCUGUGUAUCUUGAGCCACGAGGCCGGCUGAAGCUGAGACCCGGCUGCGGGUGUGCGGGAGCGGGCGCCGGGUUCUUCCCGGACGUCCUCAUUUCCCACAGGCUCCUGAUGGAGCCUGUGGUGGCUGUGGGAGAAGCCAUCAGUCUCUCCCCUCUGAGCAGACGCUCUUCCCUUGAAGGGGCGGGCAAGGCGGGUGGGAAGGCGUUCAGGGAGAGCCAGCAGCAAGUCCCGGGCACUUGGCCGAGGAAAACCUCAGGGCCCAGGGCUAGACCGGGAUCCAGGUCUCCGCUGGUGGUGGAGGUUCAUGGGAGGCGUAGAGAGUUACUUCAGCCCAUCCACUUAGGCGGGAGCCCGAGAGAGGCGCAGGUGGGCCCCCUAAGAAACAGGCCUGAGAAGCGGCCUCUACCCUCUGUUUGCCAAUGGGGGUGCUCUGGGCAGGAUCUGAAACGUGAGGGACAACUGGUCAGGUUGGU